AUGGGGCUCUGGGAGGAGACGAUUCUGGAGCAGAUCGUUCCUUACAGCCAUGUACUCAUGACGGACCCGGUGGCCAAGGUGCGCGCCAAGGCCCUGCACGUGCUUGGGUGUGCUCUGACCGCGGUCACACAGCUGCCUAUCAGCCACGCAGGUCUUUUUGUCGAGUAUAUUUUCCCGCAACUCACCUCCAUGAUGAGUGGGAUGGACAAUGAACCUAUGGUUCUCCUCUCGGUUGCUCAAAACUUGGGCGUCUUGGCGACGCAGUCCCUUCGCUUUGCCGAGCUUGCCGUUGCAGCCCGGCCGACAGCGCAGGCUGGCAACACACCGAAAGCAGAG